AUGGCCACGGAAGCUGCACAAGUGCCUCGGAACUUGAAGCGGACGAAAAAGAGUGAGGGCGGGGCCCACCUCCACGUCGACACGAAAUCCAAUUAUCGCUGGGAGAGCAUUUCGAAUGUCCACGUGAACCACUCUGCUAGCAGGAAAGUUCUGCUUCUCGACAGGGGAGACCGUCCUGUGGUGGAUGUCCCGGUCAAGGACGUCACGGUCGUCUCUGCUUCCGAGGAAGAGAUCCAGGAAGCCCUAGCAUCUACUGCCACGCCUGUCACAGAGGUAGGUGCAGGCCAGGAUCUGGAGGAUGCGGACUUAGACUAUGCCGAUGCCCAGGAUGACCUGAGUGCAGUGGAGGAGCCUGACGUCUCUGAGGAAUCCGACUGGGUCGAGGGCUGUGAGUCCGACCAGGACUCCGACGAGUCCUUCCACCUAAAGCCCAAACGAAAAAGGCCGCGAACUGGGACAGGGGCGGGAACCUGCAGAAAGUCAUGGCAGCUCAGAUGUGGUAAGAGCUUCCGGUCUCUUGUGCAAGCAGCAGGUUUCGGAGGAGGGCGAAGGGCUGGCCCAUCUCGGUUUCCAGGAGUACCCUGGGCUGAGUCCAUGUUUGCGCAUCUGCGGAGUUUGUUGAAGGCACGUUUUGCUGAAGCGCAGCCCAUCAGACAUCGCACUCUUCGUUUGGGCACGGAUUGCUCUGGUGCCGAGGCACCUUGGUUUGCUCUGCAGCGUAUCCUUAAAGAGUUGGAGCAUCAGUUGGGCUGGAAGCUGCAGCUGGAGCACCUGUUUGCUUGCGACAUCGAGCCUGUGUCGCAGGUCUUCGUUGCCCAGAACACGCGUCCGCAUGCUCUUUUCGAGAACCUGCGGAAUCGCGGUGAGAUGGGGCACUGCCUCAUUGCAGAUGCACCGGUUGUGGUGCCCAACGAUCUGGACAUCUAUGUUGCUGGCUUCCCAUGCAAAGACUUUUCGCUACUCAACUCCAAUCGCCCAUGUUUGGAAGGUCCCCAUGCCGAUACCUUCCAUGGCGUGGUGAACUACAUCCGGCAGCACGAGCCGGCAACUUACGUCCUUGAGAAUGUAGUCGGUCUACUGUCCAGGAACAACGGAGAUCAUGCUCCAAUCUCUGACGUCAUGGGCAUCCUGCGCGCUGUGCCCCACUACGUGGUCCGCUAUUGGCGUGUCAAUUCCCUGGACUACCACCUGCCUCAGAACCGGGCGCGGGUGUACAUUGUGGGUAUUCAUACAGGACGGGCCACAUUGCACCGACCAUUGGCCAGGUGGGACCAGCUGGUCCGCAAACUGGAGGAGCAAGGACAUGUGGAGGUGCAAGAUUUCAUGCUGGCUGCCUCUGAGGAAGAGGUCUCUUCGGCAAGGGGACGUCUUGAAGCAAGAGGUCCGCCGGAACUCUACCGGGGCAGAUGGGCAGCGGCAAACGCUCAGCUUCGCCGGCAGCUGGGCUUUGAGAACACGGCGAAGCCUUUGGUUCCCAAAGGCAGCGGCUGGUCGCGAUAUAUCAGUGCUCGUCAGCAGGACGUCCUAGAGAUCCAAGCUGCCCGAAUUUUCCAUAGCUGGAAGAACAGGAGAAGGGCAACCUCCUCCAGGCCCUCUCAAGAAGAGCUGCAGGACGCGCAAGAUCCUGCGAACUCCAAGUUCUGCGCAGAGAUUUCCAGAAGCGCUGCGUAUGGCUCCUGUAGAUGGCGGUCGACUCCUUGCCUCACUCCAGGAAGCCGGGUCUGGGUGUUCAAUCGACAGAGGUGGCUGCUGGGUCUAGAGAUGAUGGCCUUGCAAGGCUUCCCUGCUGAUGAGCUCAACCUCGAUGGCUUGGAAGAUCGGCAUCUCGCCCUGCUGGCAGGCAAUGCCAUGUCAGUUCCCGUGGUUGGCCUUUUUCUGUACCUGAUCCUCGCCAACGUUUCCUUUCCGGAGCGCACUUCAUCCAAGCGCACUCCGUUCCUGAUGUGA